UGUUACUAUCAUUUUAUGCAUUCAAAUGCACAUACUUACAAAUGAUAUUCUAAUAUACCACUAAUUAAUAUUGAGAAACUGUGAAUUUGUAACAUAGAACAUAAGAUUUUUACUUGGAUUAUUGGACACUAUGUUGGAUGUAAACAAGCGUACUAAACACAAUAUUGAAUCGAUAUGGAUUAACAUAAUACAUUUGGCAAAUACUGGAAAAGAACUCUCUUUGUGAAAACAUUAUCAGAUAACACUCUUCUCGGUAUUACUUCAAGAUGGAGGGUAUGAUUGCUCGCCGCUCACAAAUGAAUUUGAGGGAGCGUAAAGCUGAGAGCAAUGGAGAAGUAAUCCACUCAGGACAUUUUAUGAUAUCAUCUGUAGCAGAUCAAGAUGAUGUUGAUGAUGACGUUCCCCACGACAGAGAUUCUCCGGUACAUCAUGAUCAAGCUAUCAGAAUACGUGAAGGAUAUGAUUUUUCGGAUGUUCGGAAGGAAACACAGAAUACCUAUCAGUUUGGACAUCGUUCAACAAAUCAAAUUACUAUUGAUGCGUCACUAUCAAGAUUAUUUGAAUGUAUGUCAUUGGCAUAUAGAGGAGGGAAAGUUGUUUCACCGAAAUGGAAGAAUUUUAAAGGUUUACGUCUCUCUGUGAAAGAUAAGAUUCGAUUGAAUAAUGCUAUAUGGAGAACAUGGCACAUUCAAUAUAUCAUGAGAAAAAGACGCAGCAAAAUAUCAUUCGUUCAGUUUGCGACACCACUUGAUAAUGAAUCUGACUGUGAUUCACAUUCAAAGCCAGAGGCUGUUGUAAUGGAAGGAAAAUAUUGGAAACGGAGAAUUGAAACUGUUGUCGCAGAAUACAAGAAAUGGAGAGCUUUCUUCAUGGAUAAGCUUCAUCAGUCCGAUCAUCCUGGCCUUACGUGGGUUUCACACCAGUCUCCUGCUACACCGGAGACAAAUAUGAUGGAUAUUAUUUCAAAACAGGAUGAUUCAAUGUUCAUGGACCUUACUGAUAGAUUAUUCAGCAGGUUAUCUCAGCCUUUUCAAUUCCCGAAUCCAAGAGAAAUAGCUCAACAUGCAACCAACUCUGACAUGAUGCAACCUGGAUUGUUACAACUCCAACCAACGUUUGAUGAUUUUAUAGAUCCGCUCGAUGCUUUACAAGAUAUCUUCACUCCAAGCAGAAAAUCUCCUGCAGUCAAUGGAACUAACAAUGUCAGUUUGUUUUAUUCUGGCAACAAUUCUCAACAACCUUCUAUGCCGAAUCAUGAUUUUUCAAAUACAAUGAUAACGAGUCACGAUUUGUCUGAUCACGGAAUACAGGAAGCUACGUUAGAAGAACUCGUGCAAAGAGCAACAGUCUGUCAUGAUCCGAAUGCUUUAACUGUCAGCGAAGCAAGUAACAUUGUUCAACAGCAAAUUCAAAUGCGAACACAUCACGAAGAACAACCGCAACAAAUGCAAGUUCAACAACAUCACAACGUGAAUUUUGGUGUCUCGGAUCCAAUGCUGACACAAAUAAACAACAUAGUUCCUCAGUUCUCUAAUGCUGCUUUACCUGCAACUUCCCCAAUGUUGAUAUCCAAACAACAACAAAAUACGCCGACAAUAUCACAAGUCAUUAUGGCACGUUCUCAACAUCAAAACCAUCAUCCACACCAACAACAACAACAACAAUCUACCCAGAUACAACCACAAUAUCAAACCCAAACAAAAAUUCAAACGGCGAUGCCACCUCCACAGAAAAAAGCGCCGAGACGACGAUCUAUGAACAAGUCUCAUAAUAAUGCAAGUGUUACUGUACAAGCACAAAACGUCGUUACUCCUAUGGCUGUACAACACCAUCAGCAACAAAUCAACGGAACAGAAGUUCCGAUGCAAAUAAACUUUCAGUCGGUUUCGCCACAAGUGGGCAGUAAUCAGUUACAAUCGCAACACCAUCCUAAAACUGCUUUUACUCCGACGACACUUCAGCAUGCCGUAAUGAAUCAACAAAUGGCAAAUUACACAGUCUCACAACAACAACAAGAACAAACAAAUCAAAUGCAAGUUCGAAGGCCACCUCAGCUGAACACACCUGUCCUAACAACAGAUAUCAUUAUAGACAAUAUGAACAGUUCAACAAAUCAACAUGUUAUUAAUUCUAAUUCAACGAAUCGAAAGGAAAAUGCCAAUCAGAACUUGAGCCAAGUACCAGCAUUAAUUGUUCCAGUUUCAAUACAAAGAGCACUUGCAAGUCAAGGUCAUUUUGAGCAACCACCACAGAAGAAACAAUUAUUGGCGGAAAAUAAUAUGUGGGACAAUAUCGUUGUGAAGCAGCCUUCUUCGACAAGUGCAAGUUCUCAGCAUAUACCAAUACAACAUAAAACAUUGUUAACACAGCUAUUAACAGCAGGUGCACAGUAUCAAGCUGCUCCCAAGCAACAGACUCAAGCAACUCAGUCGUCAUUACAAGUUCCUGUGAAUAUGGUUGUGACACAAAAUGUUCAAAUAAGAGAAGAUCAACUAAAAAGAGUGCAAGAACAGGCUGCAAAUUUCAACACUUUUCAAAAUUCUGUUUUAAUGGCUGCUGCACAGAGAGCAGUGGUGCCACAACAACAACAUCAAUCUAUACCUCAGGAUGCUGUUAGAAUUAAUCUCAAUACUACAAAUCAAUCAACAACACCAUCAUCAACUAAUGUAAAAGAAGUAAUGAAAAGACCGUUCAUCAAAGCUCUCAGUAACCAAGCCCAAAAAGGCGGUAAUUCUGUAGAGAAAGAAGACAACAUUAGGAAUUGGGCGUCACAAUUGAGCAACAACAAAUGGCAACAUCAAAUUACAACGAUGGAUACUAAUGAAAGUGAUCAACCCAAAGAAGAUUUUGCAAGUGUGUUGGAAAAAUCAUCCUAUGCUUCAGUUACAAGUCCAGCAUCAUCAACUGCCAGUAGUACGAGUAGUGAUCAGCGUUCUCAUCAUUUCACUGCUGAACAGAAACGUAGAUGCAACAUUAAAGCUUUAUGUGAUAAGCUUCAAGAGAUUUUACCAGAAAUUAGCAAUCAUCCUUCACAAAAACAGGUGAGCAAAGCGGUACUUUUGAAUAAAUCUUGCAAUCACAUCAAACUGUUGAAAUCGGCUCGUCAACAAACAACGACUGAGAUUGAGCAAUUAAAGCAGAGGAUUGAAUCUCUCAAUGAAGAUAUUAGUAACUUCCAACAACAGCUUCCAGCUACGGGUGCACCGGUAUCGAGACAUCGCGGAGACAGAAUGCAGAUAGUUUUUGAUGAGUGGAUUCGGGAUCGCACUCUCCAGGAUUGGAAAUUUUUUAUAUUCAGCAUGAUUAUACAGCCAUGGUUUGCUUCGUAUGAUCAGACAGUUUCUGUAGCAAGUUUAGACGAAUUAUGUAGAUCUUGCGUGAUGUGGCUCGACAAAAGUUGUUCUUUACCAAUGUUAAGAAAAGGUGUGGUGAAUUCAUUAGAGGAACUAGGAACAACAACUUCGAUAUUAACAGAUCCUGAAAACCUACAACAACAAGCGGAAAAUGCGGUCCAGCAAGGAUCAUCAACUCUUCUUCCUGACUCGAAGAAAAUGUGACGAAGUACAACAAUAAGU